AUGAUCAUCAUCAUCAUCAUCAACAUCAACAACAUCAACAACAUCAACAACAUCAACAACAUCAAGUGGGAUGUGGAUGCUUGCCAAAGAAUGUGGCUUGUCCUGACCAUGACAGUCCAUCCAGGAAACUGUCGAAUCCGUCCCAACAUCAUCCCAUUGUCAUCCAUCGAGCAAAUCAGCGACGAUACAAGAUACAACAUAUGCCAAUCAUGUAGACUUUUCGUCUUCUAUGGGUGGUGA